AUGUACCGGGAAGGGGAGGUCACCCUUUUGGUGGAAACGCUAGAGGGCGAUGCAGACAUCUACGUGUCAUCCACUAGCCUGUCCCCUGACUUUGAUAACUAUGACAUGAACUCGGUGACUUGUGGGGAGGACAAAGUGGAGAUACCCAGUGACAUGAAGAGACCCGUGGGUAUAGGUAUCUACGGACACCCCUCUCACGACUCCACCAGGUAUCGCUUCACUGUGCUGGUGGACUACUUUUCAGGUAGCGAGUCAUUUGUUCAAGGAAACAACAGAGAAGAAAGCGAUGAGGAUGUAGAAGAGGAGUCCAUAUUAUGGACCAUAUUUGUAAGCAUAUUGAAGAUAUUGCUAGAUAUCUUGGUUUAA